AUGAGUGGAAAAGGACGUGGAGGCGGCUCCUCGAAUACGAUGCGAAGUGUCGCCAAUGCGUUGGGAAUCGCCCGUUACGACAUGGCCAAGAUGUUGUCGCAACAGAAAGUCGAACCGCCCGAGCUUUAUCCGGUAACUGUCGUACCAGGAGCCCCAGAUAAAGACGGCCCAUUUCAGAAGGUACAAAGGAAUCCGGUCUCCCUGGAAAUGACAACUGACAUGCUUUACGUGUCACGACUGAAAGUGGAAUUGGACCAGAGAAUGCGUGACUCGCAGUUCUUUAUCGAAGCGGAGAACGGCGACGAACUGAAGCGAUACGUGGACAAAUUCUCGACAAUAAAAAGGGAAAAACUUGAGAUUGGUAAUUUGUCAAUUAAGAAAUUUAGGAAACCAUGACUUCAUUCAGAUAUGUCGCAAAUGCCAUCAGAGCUGGUGUGGCGCAGAGCUACAAAAUCGCUGAAAGAUCCGGCCGCGAAAAGACGGAAGAUUAUGAAGGAGGAUCCGUCGGUUACUGAGAAGUUGGAGAAGCUGGCAGAGAAGGAAGGACAGAAUAACGAGGACGAAGAGGAGGAGAAGCCGGACGAAGAUGUGAGUGAAAUGGAAAAAGAGCAGGAAACGGAAGGACAUGGUUUCAGAACGAAACAGGAAGUGAGAAGUCGGCGGGAGAAGAGGAGGAAAAUCCAUUGUCGGACGAUGAUAAUCAAGAAGAAGACAACGAUUACAUUUCGAAUUACUUUGACAACGGAGAGGGAUACGGGGACGGCGGAAGUGACGACAACAUGGACGGCGACGAGUUCUGA